GAGACCACGCAUCUUCGGUAGCUGAAGAACAGUCAUUGUUUAUAGCGAAGAGCGAAGACCACGGUACGGCUUCUUCGCGUCCUGCUUCGCAUAUUCUCUUUUCAUUGUUUUCGGAAACAGCAAAACCUAGUCAAAAAUGGACAUAGACAAGGAUUCUUAUACAAAACUCAUAAUCUUGAUACUUCAGUUCCUUGACGAAGAGAAUUACAAAGAGAGCCUUCACUUAUUGGAGCAAGAGUCAAAGAUCUUCUUCAAUGUGAAUUAUUUCGGGGAGACUAUUGUCAAUGGUGAAUGGGAAAAAGCUGAGGAGUAUCUUUCUUCAUUUACAAAGCUAAAUGAUAAUAGGUACUCAAUGAAGUUGUUCUUUGAAAUACGAAAGCAGAAAUAUUAUGAAGCAUCGGUCAGGAAUGACCAAGCUGAGGAUGUGAAUGUUCUUUGGCCAGAUUUGAAAGUCUUCUUGGAUUUUCAAGAUGAAAACUAUGAAGAAUUAGCUGACCUUAUUGAUUUAAAAAAUUUCAGGGACAAUGAGCAUCUAUCCCGGAAUGUGAACAAGGAAUCUGCAAGAGCCAUAUCAUGGGGUGAUCUGAAAUCAUUAGUAGAGCAAAAUCCUACUUUGCAAGAUAAACUUAUAUUCCCCCGAUUGAAUCAAUCAGGACUUUUGUCAAUAAUAACACUCAUUUGUCCCAAUCCAGGAAAGAAAACAAGUAUAAAAGAAGAACUUAUUUACUUGAUACUUCAGUUUCUUGAUGAAGAAAAUUUGAAGGGGACAUGUCACAAAUUGGAGCAAGAAAGUAAGAUCUUCUUCAAUAUGAAUUAUUUUGGGGAGUUUGUGAUUAGUGGUGAAUGGGAUAAGGCAGUUAAGUACCUCUCCGCAUUCACAAUGCCAGAUGAUAACCAGCACUCAGCAAAAAUUUUCUUCACGUUGGAGAAGCAGAAGUACCUAGCAAACUUAGGCAGGAAUGAUCAAGUCCAAGCCAUCAAAAUACUUCCGAAUGAUUUACAGGAUAAUUUUCUAUACGAGUACAUGGAUGCUGCAUCUUUGAGGGCUAAUUUGCGUGAUGUUCUCAAAGAAUCAGUUAAGAGCAAUCCCAUUUUGCAAGAUAAACUCAAGUUUCCCGCUAUGGAUAAAUCAAGACUUUUAACAAUAUUAAAAAAGAUUAUGGACUGGUGGAUUCCACAUUGUGCCAACUCAACGACUGAUCUUUAUAAAAGGAACAUUUCCCUGGUUAACAUUCCAAAAGUACCUUACCUUUGUCGUGAGCCAAUGAUUGUUGUUAAUUCACACUGUCAAGAAGCAAGUGCACUGCCUGGACCAAACGGUCUUGUGUUUCAUGAUAGCAGCUGCUGCAAUGAUGUAAGUCUUCAAGCUGGUAUGAAAUCAUCAGAGAAAUAUGGGUCUAGAGAUAAUGCCUACUUGGCAGAUGCAAAUUCUGGAGUUUAUGGGAAAUCAACAGAGAAGCUAGCAGAGAUUAAUGACCCGUCUGAAUGCCAGACACUGGUGCUUCCUGAUACUUCCUUGACUGGAGGGGUUACUAGGUUGAUGUAUUCAUGUUCCGGGGAUUUCAUAUUGGCAUUAACACAAAAUGCUACACAUAAACUCUGGAGGUGGUAUUGUGAUGAUCAGCACUCCUCAAGCAAGGCAAGUGCCAAUGUUGAACCGCAAUUAUAUCAACCUUCAAGCGGACUAAUAAUGACCAAUGAGAUUGGAACACAACCAGAAAACGCUCUUUCAUGCUUUUCCUUAAAAGAUCCUUAUCUUUUUUCAGCAUCAGGAGGGAAGAUCUCCAUAUUCAAUUUGGAGACAUUUGAGAGACUUUCAACAUUUGGAUCCCCACCUCCUUCAACUACAUAUUUUACUUUCCUUAUGCAGAAUAUCUUCGCCAUUGGCUUAGAUGACUCAAUCUUAAUUCGCUGCUUUGACUCCAAAAAGACUAUAGCCCACCUCAAAGGCCAUCAGAAGAGAAUAACAUGCCUUGCCUUUUCUCAAAAUCUAAAUGUGCUUGUAUCAUCGGGAGCUGAUGCACAGCUGUGUGUUUGGAGCACAAAUGGAUGGGAAAAGCUGGCAAGUAAGUUUUUGCUGAGUAAAGGGGAAAUGCUAGAGUGCCCUGUGGUAAAUCACAUUGAGUUUCACCAAGAUCAAAUUCACCUACUAGCUGUCCAUGAAAGGAACAUACACAUAUACGAAGCACCAACACUAAAUCACUCUAUGCAGUGGGUCCCACAAGAAUCAGAUCUUCCAAUCACAUAUGCAACGUACUCAUGUGAUGGUCAGUCAAUAUUUGUUAGCUUCAAAAAUGGGUGCAUAAAAGUUCUUGUCGCAGCAACACUUUAUCUAAGAUGCCGGAUUAAUGUUACUGCGUAUAUACCACCAGGUCUCAGCAGUUCGGAGGUCUAUCCUAUUGUUAUUGCAGCUCACCCAUUUCUACCCAAUAAUAUUGCUCUAGGGCUUACUGAUGGUAGAGUCCAUGUUCUUGAGCCCCUAGAAUCCGAAGGAGAAUGGGGAAUAUCACCUCAACCGAAAGAUGGUGAGGGGCUUAGUACUGCCUCUUGUUCAGCAGUUUUGUAGUAACUAUCAAACAACAAAAUUUUUGGUUGUUUUUGAUUGUUUGCAUAUCUAACACUUAGCCUAUCCUCACUAAAUAGGAAUCCCCUAGGCUUUAGAAACUGACAUAUGUGAUUCAUAGAAUGCCAAAAUGGCAUUUUCAUUGUUUCAUUGCAAAGAGAUGGCAAACCCAUUCGACCAUGCCAACCAUAUUCCUUUGGGGUAUAAGCAUCUUUUGAUUUUUAUUCGUUGUAGUUGUAAUUCCUCAAAGAUGUAUAUAAAACAUGCAAAUAGGAGAGGGAGAUGGGUGAGGAUUUGCAGCUCAUGUAUAUCAUUAUUGAGUUGGAUACUCUAUUUUAUUCCAAAUUUUUAUUGGUCAACUGGUGAUUAGUGCAUUA